AUGUCUCUGAUACGAGCAGGUUUAAAGAGGCUUGUGAACAUUUUCAGUAGUGGACAUGGAGGUGUUUUAUCGAGAUUCAUCACAAACAUUGCUCCAUCUCAGCAACAAUUAGUUGUUGAAACACAAAAGAAAGUAAUUGCAACUUGUAAUAGAUUAAUAGAAGAAAAACCGUCACGUAACUUCGCAAUCGUACAUCUUUUGGGCAAACAAUGGCGUGUUACCGACGGAGAUCUGCUUGUAGUUGAAGGUUACUGGCCACCAAACAUCGGAGAUAAAAUAAAACUAGACAAAGUAUUACUAGCAGCCACUAAAGAUUUUUCACUCAUCGGCCGGCCACUGGUCCAACCUGGUUUAGUGACAGUCACAGCAACAGUAAUUUCGAAGGGCUUAUCACACACACGCACACAUUUCAAGAAGAAACGGAGGAAGCAAUUCAUGCGCAUAAACUUCCAAAGAGCACAACAAACAAUGUUAAGGAUAAACUCUGUUGAAAUUGCAAAUAAGAUUAAUGAAGACUCAAGGAAUGUAUUCUAG